GAAUCAUUAACUACAGGAUAGCACAGUCAAAACAGUGAGAUUCAUUUCAUCCGAGGAAAGUCAUUUAAGAAUUUCCAUUGAGAAUUCUAUACUGCCUCCUGUCUCCACACUCAUGGCUCCAGAGAAGACUAGUGAUGGGCUGGACAACUAUGCAUUUACUGUUGAUGGUGUAGACCGCUUCUGUGAGUUACCAGAAAAUACAAACGGAAGAGGUAGUUUUUCAGAGGAGGGAGACAGUAACAAGCUAGCAUAUUGUGUCACAGAUAUUCCACCAUGGUACCUUUGCAUCUUUUUGGGGAUUCAGCACUAUCUUACAGCCUUUGGUGGCAUCAUAGCCAUUCCUCUGAUAUUGUCUCAGGGCCUUUGUCUACAGCAUGACGGCCUCACGCAAAGUCACCUAAUCAGCACUAUUUUCUUCGUGUCUGGGUUGUGCACCUUACUGCAGGUCACUUUUGGAGUGAGGUUACCCAUUCUCCAGGGUGGAACGUUUACGUUCCUUUCACCCACCAUGGCUUUGCUUUCAAUGCCUGAAUGGACCUGUCCAGCCUGGACACAAAACGCCAGCCUGGUCAACACCACCUCACCCGAGUUCAUAGAUGUUUGGCAAAGUCGAAUGCAAGUUCUCCAAGGCUCAAUCAUGGUGGGCUCCCUAUUCCAAGUGCUGGUGGGAUUCUCCGGUCUCAUUGGCCUCUUCAUGCGUUUCAUUGGCCCUUUGACCAUCGCACCUACUAUUUCACUAAUCGGCCUAUCGCUGUUUGACUCCGCUGGCAUGAAUGCAGGACACCAUUGGGGCAUCUCUUCCAUGACGACGUGUUUGAUUGUGAUAUUCUCGCAGUACCUCCGUCAUAUUGCCAUCCCUUUCCCCAAAUACAGCAAAGCCAAGAAAUUUCACACCACCAAGAUUUACAUAUUUCAGAUUCUGCCUGUCCUGCUAGGUAUCAGUCUGUCUUGGUUGAUUUGUUACCUGCUGACGAUCUACGAUGUCCUGCCCUCAGACCCUGACAAAUAUGGCUAUCUAGCUCGGACUGACAUUAAAGGAGACGUUACCGGCAGGGCGCCUUGGUUCAGAUUUCCUUAUCCAGGUCAAUGGGGAGUGCCAACUGUUAGUCUGGCAGGAGUUUUUGGAAUCCUGGCAGGAGUCAUAUCAUCAAUGAUUGAGUCAGUGGGUGAUUAUCAUGCCUGUGCCAGGCUAUCUGGUGCUCCACCUCCACCUAGACAUGCCAUCAAUAGGGGCAUUGGCAUUGAAGGCAUUGGGUGUCUGCUGGCAGGUGCCUGGGGCACAGGUAACGGAACCACCUCCUACAGUGAGAACGUAGGAGCCUUGGGGAUCACCAAGGUUGGUAGUCGCAUGGUGAUUGUGGCCAGUGGCUUUGUAAUGAUUAUAAUGGGAAUGUUUGGGAAAAUUGGAGCCAUAUUUACUACAAUACCAACGCCUGUCAUUGGAGGAAUGUUUCUAGUCAUGUUUGGGGUCAUUAUGGCUGCUGGUGUUUCAAGCCUACAGUAUACAGACAUGAAUUCUUCACGGACCAUCUUCAUCUUUGGAUUCUCCAUGUUCACUGGGCUUACUAUUCCUAACUGGAUAAUGAAAAACCCAACAUCUAUAGCCACAGGAGUUGUUGAACUGGACCAUGUGCUUCUAGUGCUUCUGACAACCAGUAUGUUUGUUGGAGGAUUCUUUGGAUUUCUGCUCGAUAACACAAUACCUGGAACGAAACGCGAACGGGGCAUUAUUGCAUGGAACAAUGCCCACCAAAAUGAGUCAGACAACACUGUAGAAAGUGAUGACGUGUAUGGGCUGCCCUUUGGAAUUACUACCUGCCUCUCUUCCUUCAGGUGGACCAAAUAUGUGCCAUUCUGCCCUACACACAAAGUCAGCACACAGGAUGACCCACCAUCCAGUCUGGAUUCUUUGGACACCAAAACAGAGCCUAACAAAGAUGAUGCACACAUCAUAGUGGGGGUGGCAUUAUAGUCUGUGAUGGAGACUUCCAUCUUAAAUCAAGAGACAAUUUAGUCUAAAGUAAAAAGGCUCCUAAUUCUGUGAUAUAGUCGUAUUCAGAGUCAUAUUCAAUUCUCUGUCAUAUUGAGGUACGGACUGAACUGAGAAGGCAGCUACCCCCACAUUCAUAAUUUAAUAUCUAAUCUGAAGCAGUACUGCUCAAAUAUAUCUCUCUAUUUUAUGAAUUAUCUGUAAAGAUAAUGUUAAUGAGUAAUGGGUAACACUUCACAAUAAGGUCUUAUUAGAUAAUGUUAGUAAAUUCAUUAUUUAACUUACAAUGAGCAAUACAUUUGUUACAGGAUUUAUUUUUUAAUGUAUUAGCAAAUGUUGAAAUUAACAUUAAGAUUAAAAAAUGCUUUACCUUUUUUUUUUUUCAUUGUUAGUUCAUGUUAACUAAUGAAUUAAUGUUAACUAAUAGUACCUUAUUGUAAAGUGUUACUGAUUAAUGUUUUUCUUUUCUUAAUGGUGCUCUAGGGGUGAUUUCAAAUAAAGAUGAGAAGUGCAAAACACUUGAUAGGGUACAAAUAUAUAUUUUACAAAAUAAAUAAACUUAGUUUUGGAAUUCA